AGAGGCAAUACUAACAAGAUGCAUCUACUUUUUGGUAGCCUAUCACUCAAGAACUCCACAGUUAAACGUGCUUGACUUGGAAUGGUUAUAGAAUGGGUGGCCUUGUGAGAAGUUUCCUAAAAAGCAUGCGAGUGAGAAUAAAGCACGUGAAAAAGUUUUGCGGGAAAAGUCAAUGAUGCUGAGAGCAGUCAAGCAGUAUCAGAGCUAAUUGUCAAGGUCUCGGAAAGGGCUACUUACAGAGGCUUCUGGCCCGUGGAGGGUUCUGACCAAUAAGGAUUUUGAGUGAAGUGUCACUGUGUAAAGUGUUGUAGUGUGAGAGUUGCCGAGAAGUUGACAAUCAAGGGCAUUAUACUGCACCCCGAGAAUUGAAGUAGGUGAUGUGAUACUUUCUAACACUAGCUACCAAUGACAAUUUACUGACAGUUUCAACAAUCUUAUGUCUUUCCAAUUCUGUGGGUAUGCCAAGAAAUCAGCAUAUUUCCUGGUUAGAUACUCUAGUCCUACACGGAGAAAAGCUUUUCCACAAUAAACGCUGCUCACAAAGAUCAAAGAGAAAAAGGGCUGCUCUGAAUGUAGAAAAUUCAGAAACUUUACCUACUGGCCAAGGAGUAACUAAUAGCAAGGUAUCUCCUUAUCACUGCAAUUAUUGUAACAAAGAUAUUUCGGGGAAGAUUCGCAUCAAGUGUGCUGUUUGUCAAGAUUUUGACCUCUGCAUAGAGUGCUUCUCUGUCGGUGCUGAGGUAACACCUCACAAAAGCAAUCAUCCUUAUCGGAUUAUGGAUAAUCUGUCUUUUCCACUUAUAUGUCCAGAUUGGAAUGCGGAUGAAGAGAUGUUACUUCUAGAGGGUAUUGAAAUGUAUGGAUUUGGGAAUUGGAAUGAAGUUGCAGAAUAUAUUGGAACAAAAAGCAAAUCUCAAUGUAUUGACCACUAUAAUGCUGUAUAUAUGAAUUCACCAUGUUUUCCUCUCCCUGAUUUGUCUCAUGUUAUGGGAAAGAGCAAAGAGGAACUCUUUGCCAUGAUGAAGGGGCAUGAAGCCAAGAAAGAAUUUUCUCUAACUACAGAGCUUACUCUGAAAGAAGAACCUCCCUUUGUUGAUGGAAUAAACUAUGAAGAAUCAAAGAAGGAAGAAAUCAAUGAUCAAACCAUGUCUAGGUUAACCUCAGCAUGUGGCAAAGCUUACUCAAGUACAGUUAAGAAGGCUUCCAGCGUGAUCCAAAAUAAUGAUGGAGUUAAGGUGGAAGUAGAGUCUCAUGCAGAUCGGAGCAUUGGAGAGAAGAAACUUAAAUUAUCAGGGGAAGAUAGGCCUUCUAUGACAAAUUUGAGUGGAUACAGUUUUAAGCGAGAGGAAUUUGAUGUUGAAUACGACAACGAUGCAGAGCAAGUGUUGGCUGAUAUGGAAUUUAAGGACACUGAUACUGAAGCUGAAUAUGAAAUGAAACUGCAGGUGCUCCAUAUCUACUCAAAAAGGUUAGAUGAACGGAAGCGCAGAAAGAAUUUUAUACUUGAAAGAGAUUUACUUUAUCCUGAUCCUUUUGAGAAAUCUCUCUUACCUGAAGAGCUUCAAAUAUGUCAGCGUUACAAGGUCUUCAUGCGGUUUCACUCAAAAAAAGAGCAUCAAGAUUUGCUAAAAAAUAUUAUUGAAGAACACAGGCUUGUCAAAAGAAUACAAGAUUUACAGGAAGCUCGAAUUGCGGGCUGUGUAACUGCUGCUGAUGCUUAUCGAUUUAUUGAACAAAAGAGGACAAAGGAAGCUGAACCAAGUGCCUGUAAAGAAAGUGGUCAGAUUGGAACAAGUGCUAAGACAUUACAGAGGCCAAAUUCUCUCAAAGGAGAAGUUGAUAGUAGCCCGCAGGGUCUUCAAAAGGGGACUGCAGCUUUAUUUGCUGGUGCCAAGGAUUCACCUCCUGCCAUACAAGUCUUCACAAGGUCGCUAGAAGAGUGGGAUAUUAGUGGAUUUGCAGGGGCUGAAUUACUAUCUGAAUCUGAGAAAAAGCUUUGUGAUGAGAUCAGAAUACUACCCUCACACUAUCUCAACAUGCUGCAGACCUUGUCAUUAGAGAUUUCAAAGGGCAGUGUGACCAAGAAAUCCGAUGCACAUGCACUGUUUAAGGUAGAGCCAAGCAAGGUUGAUAGAGUCUACGAUAUGCUUGUGACAAAAGGAGUUGUGCAAACAUAAUAAAAUGCUAUGCAAUGAUUACAAGGCCAUUUUUGUAAAAAAAAAAAAAAAAUCUUCUCCUUUUCCCCCAUUAAGAAAAAUAACUAGAUAAAGACCCAUGUGAUGUGGAGAAAAAUAAAUGAAUAUAUUAUAGUAUUAUUAAGAGUAUUUGUCUGUAGAUAACACGUCCAAUUUCAAGUCAUUUGUUCAUUAGUAAUCAUUUGUCCUGUUAUGUACCCUGCAAAAGAUCGACCAUCAUACUAAGAUAAAUACUUAUCUUAAUAAAAGCAACUAAAAUGUUUGGA